GAAAGGAGAGAAAGGGGAGAGAGAGAGAGGGACACCCCCCACACCCCUCCAAACCCCCAAGGUAAGAUUCUAUAACAAGGACUGCUUCACCGUCUGCCCCUCACUCGAUACCAGCGUCCUAACCCUAACCUGACCCUCUCCUGCACCCUUUACCUAACCCUUUCUUGCAGCUAUGGGGUGCAGAAAUAACUCCCCACUUCUACUCCUGCUGGUGGCGCUGCUGGGGUACCUACAGAGUGCCAGCGCGUACCCUCUUGAUCCCAAUGUGGUAGCAACACUGCAACCCCCCAAGGACUUCUUUGCGAGCCCGUUCUUUAACUACUGGGCUAGAUUAGUUGUGGCUGGCUUCGGGUUCUCCUUUCUCACUGCAGCCGGGGUCAUUCUGGCGAUCAAGAGGAAGGAGAACAAACUGGCGAACCUGGAGGAAUACUACGACCAGCUGCAGGAGUACUUCGCCGAGGGCCCUGAAGACUUCCCUGAGGACUUCCCCGACGUGUUUCCUGUGCCGGACGAACUCCCCACGCACAACUUCCCCUUCCCCGCCGACUUGCCAGGCCCCGGGGGAUGGCUGGGCUACAAGUACUUACGACCUGGCAACGACUUGGACUUCCUUAAACGCAGCGAUGGUUCUGACGCAAAAUUUCCUUCUACGAAUUCUCUCCGCCGCAGUCAGAGGUCCAUACAAGGUCCUCCCACACCUACAAACCUGCAGAAGGCGAUGCAGAGGGUACUACAGGCAGAGGACACGCAGGAGGUGGUGAUAAAGACAGCGGAGUUAAUACAAGAGGUGGUGGAGAGAGUGGACGAGGAUGGGUGUCUCCUGAAGCUUCUGUGCCACCUUCAGGAGAAACCCAUGGGCGCCCGUACCGGUGAGGAGGACCUGCUACUGCGCCUCUAUAGCCUCAGCGCCCCCAAAGGAUCCCCAGUGUGCAGCCAGGAGCCCUCAAAGUGUUCCCUGAAGGAGGCGCAGCUGGAGGAAGCUUUCUCGUGGGGCAUCACUGCUUAAGGGCGUGAUAUGUUAAUUUAUGUGUGAAUGAUGUUUGUGUUUGUAUAUGUAAAGUGUUGUAAAAUAUUUAUUGCA